AUGCUUAGCAUUUUUUUCCUGUUCCAAUAUAAAUCAAAGAUAUUCAACUCAGUCCGAUUACUCUUUCCUUUUCCAGUUCCUCAGAAGCAAGGAGUCACACUUCAGUUAAACACCGGUUGGACUACUUAUAUGAGCUAUGAUGGUCAGCAAUUAUUACAUGCCGCAGCUGAGUUGAUAGCUGCCCAUGAGUUAGGCCACAGCUGGGGUGCUGAUCAUGAUCCUGACUCAACUGAAUGCUCGCCAAUUGCAUCUGGACGUGGCAAGUUUCUCAUGUACACUUACUCGGUUUCAGGGUACGCUUCGAAUAAUGAUGUACGUCUUGAGCUUUCUUUCUAA